CUACAUUACCCAUGAUUUAUAAGAGUUGCGGUAUGGCGUUGACUCCCUUAGCUUAGUCUCGCCACGAAGCUGUAUAUGUCGCUUUGGACAAGAUAUGACAUUUAUUUGUGAUAAACAGCGAGGGUCAUCACGAAGAUAAGGAUUCAAGAAUGUGCCACUUUUUUUAUCGUUUUGAGUUUUUUUUUUAAGUAAAUAAUAUACGUAUGCUAACUGCUAUUUUAAGAUAAGUAGCUAGCGUCAUGUUACAUGAAUUACUACAGGGAGCAGACGCGGGGUGGUUGCUUUUAAUUCAAGAUUCCUGCAGUUGUUCAGGCCGACCGCUUCUAUGGAGCUUCAUCAAGUCUGCGUCUAUCAGAUAACUAUGAGGAGAUGUUGCAGGGGCAUCCCUCAUGACUGAAGGCCCUCGUCUGUGUGGUGAUGACUGGCUUUUUCAACAGGACAAGGCUGCAGUUCACAAUGAACUUCUUCCAAAUGAAUAAGCUCACUCUUUUGGACCAUCCUCCGUGUUUCCCUGAUCUAAAUCCAGUUGAGAACAUUUGGGGAUGGAUGGGAUAAAAUAUGGACAUCAGUUCCAGACAGUGGAUGCCCACAGCCAUCUUCACCACCUGGAGCAACAUUCCCACUAGUCUCCUGGAAACACUGGCAUCAAGCAUGCCCAAACCCAUUUUUCAGCUGAUUAACAAAUAUGGUGCAGCUACUCAUUGGAAGGAAGUAGUACAUGUCCUCAGCUUUGAGGUCAGUGAAGAUGAAAUGGAAAAGCGUUUGAAAGGUUCACCCACUGAAAGGCUCCACUUCCAUGACGCUUACAGUGACCCCCUCGGCUGGACAGACGGCGGUGGCGCCGCUUUCACAGUGGAUCGCUUCUGUUCAGAGGAAGUGACACGUUGCGUCAAGCGAUCGUCACAACUUAGACCAGCUAUACUCGUCAUUGACUCUCUUUCAUGGAUUCUGAGACAUCACAGCACACCUGCUGUCUGCCAGACCCUUCAACAGCUUAAAAAAGGAGGAGUCAUACGAAACAUCAUCGCCCUCCUCCAUUCUGACAUGCACCAGCUGGGAACCCCGGCGAGUUUGUGUCACUUGGCGACGUCGCUCGUCACCGUGGCCGCUGGCCUUAACGGAAAUGAGGCGAAGAUAACAAAGCGAUUGAAAUCGGGAAAGGUUUUGCAGGAUGAGGAGACUUUUACCAUUAUGGAGGAUCUUACAGUCAUCGGACAGAGCAAACCUAGCAAUGCCAUGCAGCUGCAGGAACAGGAGACUGACCCAGCAGCCAAUCUGACCUUCAACCUCCGACUAUCUGACGCAGAGCGUGACACUAAGGAGAAGCUAGCGCUUCCAUUCGUCUUCAGUAAGGAGAAGAAAGCAGCGCUGCUCAACCCAGGUGCCGGAAUGGGGAGAAUUAUGUACGAGCCUGACGCUAAUGAUGACUAUGACCAGGAGGAUCCUGAUGAUGAUCUUGACGUGUGAUGAUCUUCUGUUUUAAAUAAAUAAUGCACAAGUCCA